CUCGGUGGGUCCCACGGCGCAGGAACCCCCACGUGAUCAUCCUCCCGUGGCUCCCUCGGAGAGCAUCCCCCACCCCACCAGAUCAGCUCGCCGUCCGGCAUCCCCUUCCUCCUCCUCCGGUGGACCGCGCUGCCGUGGGCGCGGAGCGAAGGCCUCCGCUCGAUCCGUCCCGCGGAGCACCGAUCGCGCUUUGAUUCCCGGCCGUUUUGUUGGAGGCCAAGCGGAGGGGAGGGGGGCGAAGCGAGCAAGGAAGUAGCCUGGAGGUGGGGUGAGAUGGGGAAGCAGAGGAACCAAGGCCACAAAAUGACUGUAAUAGAUUUCAUAGAUCUGAGUGAUCAUGAUAUUAUUGACUUGAGCAGCAGCGAUGACGAGACUGUUCAGGAGGAUCAUAUUGCAACUCAGCACCGGGCGGCGUCGCUUGAUAGGCAGACUAUGCAUGUCGUAGCUGGUGAAGGAAUCCAAGAUGUGCAGGCUGUGUUUGUUGCAGCUAGUGAAGGAAGGCAAGAUCUGCAGGUUGUGUUUGCUGCCGCUAGUGAAGGAAGACAAGAGUCUGCUGAUUGCAGACAUGCUUUGGAAGCCACCACAUCGUCCUUGGUUACGGAAAAAGAACCUCUUCUUGUAGCUAGUGAAGGAAGCCAAGAUGUGCAAGUUGUGCUUGUUGCAGCUCGUGAAGGAAGCCAAGAUGUGCAGGCUGCUAGUGAAGGAAGCCAAGAUGUGAAGGUUGUGCUUGUUGCAGCUACUGAAGGAAGUCAAGAAGCUGCUGACUCUGGAAAUGGUUUGGAAGCUACAGCGUCGCCUUUGGUUACUGAAAAAGCACCUCUUGAUAUGGCUGAAUCGCACAACUGUCCUCGCACUCCCACAUCAGCGCCAUUCCCCAUUCUGAAGGCUCCGACCUUUGAAGGUGGCGAUGCAAAGAUGGUAAGAGGGAAGGUGAAGCGUCCCAGGAAGAACUACCACACCGGUACUCCUAGGACAAGUCCUAGGUUUGAACUGAAGCCUGAAUGUCGGAACGGGCCUCUGGAAGAGCUGCCAGCCGAGGCACUGACCUCUGAAGGUGGCGACGCGGAGCUGGUGAGAGAGAAGAUGCAACAUCCUGGGAAGGAUUACCAUACCGGCACUCCUGGGACAAGUCCUAGGUUUGAACCGAAGCGUGAAUGUCAUAACGGGUCUGUGGAAGAGCUGCCAGCCGAGGCUCUGACCUCUGAAGGUGGCGAUGCGGAGUUGGUGAGAGGGAAGGUGAAACGUCCUAAGAAGAACUACCAUACCGGCACUCCUCGGACAAGUCCUAGGUUUGAACCAAAGCAUGAAUAUCAUAACGGGCCUGUGGAAGAGCUGCCGGCCGAGGCACGGACCUCUGAAGUUGGCGACGCGGAGCUGGUGAGAGGGAAGCUGAAACAUCCUAGGAAGAACUACCCUGCUGGCACUCCUAGGACAAGUCCUAGGUUUGAGCCGAAGCGUGAAUGUCAUAACGGGUCUGCGGAAGAAAUGCCAGCCAAGGUUCUGACCUCUGAAGGUGGUGAUGCUGAGCUGGUGAGAGGGGAAGUGAAACAUUCUAGGAAGAACUACCAUACCGGCACUCCUCGGACAAGUCCUAGGUUUGAAACAAAGCGUGAAUGUCGUAACGGGCCUGUGGAAGAGCUGCCAGCUGAGGCUCUGACCUCUGAUGGUGCUGAUGCAGAGCUGGUGAGGGGCAAGGUGAAACAUGCUAGGAAGGACUACCAUACUGGCAUUCCUAGGACAAGUCCUAGGUUUCAACUGAAGCAUGAACGUCGCAAGGGGGCCCGUGGAAGAACCGGCAGCCAAUCACAAGAGGUUCCGCACACUAGAAGAAUUAAUUGCCUCUCCUGA